AUAAGUAUUCAUCAGAAAGGUGAUAUUCUUAUCGGCUGUGAGGGUGCAGUGAUCAUUUUUCUACGAAAUAGUUCUGUAGACGGACCAUAUACAGUUAACACUAGUCCAAAGCAGAAGUAUCAAGAUACAGAGGCUACGAAGCUGUAUUCUAUUGUAGAAUAGAAGUAUAAGCAAAGGUGAGCUUUGUCAUGUAUUUCUGUAAGUUUUCAUUUGCUGGAUUUAUACAUCGCUUAUAUUUUGUCGUGGUAUUUAUGACUAAUAUAUGCUUCCAUUUUUGAAUUUGGAUGUGUUUUACUGUUUCUUUCCAACAAAAUGCAGAGUAACUGGUGUUAAAGGGGAAAAUGCCAUGGAUUCAACCAGGAGUAAAGAUAUUGCGAAUGAAGGGGGGAAAGGGUCAGCAUCAUUUAUCACAAAUCUUGACGGCACUUCGAAUGUCCCUAUCCCUGUUGGUUCUCCGGGUCAUUUGUCAGAGGGGUUUCUGGACAAGUACCUGUCAUGUCGCUGGGUUGUGACGUAUAUGUGCUGCCUAGUUUUCGCUGUUUUACCAAUGCUCCAGAACUGUUUGGCAAUGGUGCUCGUCUGCAUGGAGUCCAAUUAUAGAGAAAUAGAUCAAUUGAAGUACAGCCAGCUAAAUGUUACAGACAACCUCACUGUGUUUCAAGAGCAGAGUAUAUGGAACAUUCGCUUGGAAGGCGAUGUCAGAAGCCAGCUUCUAUCGGCAGAGUUUUACGCAUUCCCGUUCUCCCCUUUGAUUGGUGGAUAUUUAUCCGGAAGAUUUAGUGCUAAAAAUAUAAUUCUUGUCAUCAUCAUCCUCCUCAUCGCCUCCUCCUCACUUACACCCAUCGUCUUGACGAUCAACCCAUAUAUUGCCAUAGGGCUUAGGUGCAUAGUUGGCCUCUCAUUUGGUGGUUUGCAUGCCAGCCUCACUGAGCUAUUGUCUAAAUGGGCUCCACUGAAUGAACGGGCUCAGAUUGUGUCCACUGCUAUGGCAGGAUUACUCCUUGGGUUAAUCUUGAAUUAUUCCGCCUCGGGAUUUAUCUGCACUAUUCCAGUACACAAUGGAUGGCCAUUUAUCAUGUACAUUUUCAGUUUCUGCUGCCUCGUCGUCAUAAUACCAUGGUUUCUCCUAGUUUAUGACAGCCCAUAUAAACAUCCUCGAAUCACGCCAUCAGAAAUAGAGAUCAUCCGAUAUCGUAGACGAGACAGUACUGUAGCUAAAAUGUCACGCCCGCCAUGGCUGGGUAUUCUGCGAUCGGGACCUUUCUGGGGUUUACUUUGCGUCAAUAUGAGUCAUGCUUUCAUCGCUACGACUGUUGGCACAUAUUUACCUCUCUAUCUCAAUGAUGUUCUGCACUUCGAUGUGACUUCGAAUGGUUUGAUCUCCUCUUUACCACAAGUGGCUCGCUUCCUGUCAUCUAUUAUUGGAGGGCGAAUCUCUGACUUUUUGAUCACUCGAGAAAUAUUAUCCACUACAGUCGUCAGAAAAAUGUUUCAGACAACAGGCAACAUCCUGUCUGUACCAUUCCUGAUUGGCCUUAGUUACAUGGAUAGUUCCCAGGCUACCUACGCUGUUAUUCUAGUAGUCCUCUUCUGGUUUGUCCAAUCCCUCAACACCUGUUCAUUUCGUGUUAAUCAGAUCGAUAUAGCACCAAGGUUUGCUGGAGUCCUGACUGGAAUGACAGGUACAAUGGCCUACGUAGCUGCUCUGUUGUCGCCAAUAGUUACAUUUGAGCUCACCAAAAACAGAACCCAGAAAGAAUGGCAGGUUGUGUUUUUCAUCUCUUCCGGUGUGUCUGUUUUCUGUGCCCUCGUGUUUUUGGUCCUCGGCAGUGGGCUAGAACAGUCCUGGGCAAAAGAUCCCAGUCUGAACAUAGAGGUGGACGUUCCUGUCGAUGGUGCGGUUGGCGAUUCAUCUAAAUCAACCAUGGAAUGUCACAAUCACAUUGCAACAAAUGGCCACAUCUUGAGAGAAAUGACAGUUAAUGGACAAGCACAAGCUGAGAAUGGGUUAGGUUCUGAGCGACAAAGUGUUCAAUCCGAUGACAAAUAUAGGCCGAAAAUGAUUUCUCAAAGUGUGCAGGUAAAUUUCGGAUAUGGUGAAAUCAAUCUUAACUUUGAAAUGAAUGAAAACUUUCGAAAUGCCCAGAAUUCAGGUGCAUCAAUCAUUUCUGGGGUUUGUUUUGCUGGUGUUUCAAACAGUGGUGAAGAAAAUUAUGAUACCCCCAAUCGAGUCAGUAAAACUGACUCGUUGAGAAUUAGAAAUGCUGAACAUUCCAAGGAUCAAUUUGCAACGAGUACUCUGAAAAUAAACGAUACUAAUGGAGAGAUCACUGGCUUAUGAAAUUCAUAAGUCCUUGUUACUACUUUAAGCAGAUUGAAUGACUAAUUUACUUCAUGGAUUGAAAUAUUUAUUAAUGAUUUAUAAUUGAAUAUCAGAUAAUUUUGUGUUUAAUACACUUGUAGACAAAU